CGAUUUCUAAUCCACACCGAUGCACUGCGGCUCACACUGAACAAAGCAUUGUCUUUCAGUGCAGUAUCUGUGAACAACUCCAGAGGGAAGUCAUGUGUUGCCUUUAGAGAGCAAGAUGGCCAACAUAUACACUCUGAGAGACUUUUUCGGCGGUCAGUGGUCAUCUAAUGCACGACUGGAUGAUAAAACAAUCAUUAUCACUGGAGCAAAUACUGGCAUUGGAAAAGAAACAACAAAAGACCUGGCAAAACGCGGUAGCACGUUUAUCUUAGUCUUUACAGCAGCUACUUCUUGUAAUGUAGAUCAGAUUUUAAAGCAGAAACAUCAAAAAUGUUUGGUUUGGGGACACCAAUUAUAAAAGUCAUGUGUUGUGGAGUUGUUCUACAGGGCCCAGGAUAAUAAUGGCUUGCAGAGAUGUUGAAAAAGCAGAAAGAGCACAAAGAGAAAUCAUGGAAGAAUCAGGCAACCAAAACAUUGUGAUCAGGAAACUAGACUUAUCUGACACCAGAUCAAUCAGAGAAUUUGCUGAGGUUAUCAACAGCGAGGAGAGAAGUCUUCACUUACUUAUAAAUAAUGCUGGGGUCAUGAUGUGUCCCUACUCCAAGACAGCAGACGGUUUUGAGAUGCAAUUUGGUGUCAACCACUUAGGUCACUUCCUGUUAACCUUCCUGCUGAUCGACCUGCUGAAGAGAUCGGCCCCCUCCAGAAUCAUCAACCUUUCAUCCAUGGCUCACAGUUGGGGUACAAUAACACUUGAUGAUAUCAACAGUGAGAGGAAUUACCACAGCAGGAGGGCAUAUGGUCAAAGUAAACUGGCCAACAUUCUUUUCACUCGCUCAUUGGCCAAAAAACUCAAGGACACAGGUGUCACAUCAUAUGCAGUCCAUCCGGGAAUUGUGCGAACUGAACUUAAAAGGCAUAUGAAUCUCGGACUUCUGAUCAUGUGGAAAGUUGUCAGGCCUUUCACAAAGACCCCGGUACAGGGAGCACAAACUACCAUCUACUGUGCAGUGCAGCCAGAGUUAGACGCAGAGAGCGGUGGAUACUACAGUGACUGCAGACCUUCAAGAUGCACCAGAGCUGCUAGAGAUGAUGAAAUGGCUGAGAAACUUUGGGAGCUCAGUUGCAAUAUGCUGGGAAUACUCUGGGAUUGAGUGCAAGGAGUGCAAUUUUCUUUGUUUUGCAUUGACAAUUCAGUGUACCCAUGAAAAAUACCCAAUUUUAUUGCAUAUAAAUAAAGUAAAAAUGCCACUACACAAACCUUAAUAACAAAUCAACAUCUUUUUUUAUUUUAUAGUUUAAUUUCCAACAAUGUACUUAAUUAAAAAUGAUAGCUUUCCAGUCUCACAAAACAAUAAUCAUUUCAAAAUCAUUUGAAAUACAACUCUGUUUGCAUUAUGAAAUGAAAACAUUAUUGACAGCAGUCACAAUAGUGUAGAAUUACAUUUUAUGGCAAGCACGUCACACUUCCCCUACACUGGCAUUUAACCUUUGACCUUCGACAGACAAUAUUUCAUUAAACCAAUGAUCUCAAACUCAAUCCCUGGGGGUCCGCAGCUCUGCAUAGUUUAGCUCCAACCACUUCCAACUCACAUCUGCUUAGUAGUCUCAAGUUGUCUUGAACACCUUGCUUAUUUGGAUCAGCUGUGUUUGAUAAGGGUUGGAGCAAAACUGUGCAGAGCUGCAGCCCUCCAGGAAUCCAGUUUGAGACCUAUGCUUUAAACCCUGCACUGCUUAACAACUGUUUCACCAGUUUAAACUUACAAAUGUAAGUUUAAACUGUAAGAAGACACCCCAACUCGUGUUAAUCCCCUUAUCGGGGAAUACAGAGAAGUUGGGGUUUGAACGAAGUGUCUAACCCGGCCCCAGAACGCUCCCCCCGGGUAUAUAAUGUUUAAAAGGUGAGGUGUCGGGGUGGUGGAUGGAUGCUAAAGUUGUAAAAUAAUGCAGAUACACUGCAAAAAAUGCUUUUUUUACUUAGAUUUUUUGUCUUGUUUCUAUUCCAAAUAUCUGAAAAUUCCUAACUCAAGAAGAAUGUUCUAGACAAGAAAAACAUAUUUUCUUGUUUUGAGAAAUAAUAUGCCAAUAAUAAGUGAGUUUUUCCUUAAAACAAGCAAAAUAAUCUGCCAAUGGGGUAAGCAAAAUAAUCUUACGUCAAAAGAAAAAACAAGAUUAUUUUGCUUACCCCAUUAGAAGAUUAUUUUGCUUGUUUUAAGGAAAAACUGACUUAAUAUUGGCAUAUUAUUUCUCAAAAUGAGACAAUAUGUUUUGCUUUUCUAGAAAAUGCUUCUUGAUAUUAGAAAUUUUAGAUAUUUAGACUAGAAACAAGACAAAAAAUCUAAGCAAGAAAAGCAUUUUUUGCAGUGUAGGACAGCUUUUGGUAUUUAUAGGGGUUUGGUCUAAUACUGAUUGGAUAAUAAAAUGAUUGUCGUUGACGUAUAGAAUUGCUAAAACAUCUGCGCAUGCUCCUCCUGAAAUUUGUUAAAAUAACACUUUGUGAGAAUUAGGCUUUUGUCCUCACAUUCAAAAACCCUCUGAAGAAGCCAUGUCUAUACUUUUAUCUCUUUUGUUUUUAUUCUGUUCAUCUAUUUUUUUUUUUCUUGUUCGGUUUGCAAUGCACUGUUUCAGUGACCUAAAAUAUUUAAAAAUAAAAAGAACAGUUAUGUGCAAAAUACUAUUCGUAAUAUACAUAUCCAAAUGUGAUCAAUAUACAAAUUCGUAUAAAUGCUGUAUAUCAUUUUAUAAGAUAGAUCCUAGAGGUUAUUAGUGUAUGUUUAAUUUGAUCUCCUAGUUAUCAGCACAAUAAAAAGAAUUCAUCUCA